GGGCCUUGCUGGCGCUUCAGGCUCAGGAGCGGAAGCAGCGCGGGCCGCGAGGGCGUAGGCGGGGUAUCUGGAGGAGGCGCGGGGAAUCUGGAGGAGGCGCGGGGAACCUGGAGAGGGUCCAGCCCUCGGGGCACCGGCCAGAGGCGGGAAGGGGCUCCAGAGCGUUGGGAGGCAAGAUGACUUCUCUCCCCCAAGCUUGGAACAGCUAAAGGGAAAAACAGUGCAAGAUGAGAACAACAAAGGUCUACAAACUCGUCAUCCACAAGAAGGGCUUUGGGGGCAGUGAUGAUGAGCUAGUUGUGAACCCCAAAGUGUUUCCUCACAUCAAGCUUGGAGACAUUGUAGAGAUUGCACACCCCAACGAUGAAUACAGCCCUCUGCUUUUGCAGGUCAAGUCACUUAAGGAAGAUUUACAGAAGGAAACUAUCAGUGUGGACCAGACUGUGACUCAAGUGUUUCGGCUAAGACCUUAUCAAGAUGUCUAUGUUAAUGUCGUAGACCCUAAGGAUGUGACCCUUGACCUAGUGGAGUUAACUUUUAAGGACCAGUAUAUUGGCCGUGGGGAUAUGUGGCGACUAAAGAAAAGUUUGGUCAGCACAUGUGCAUAUAUCACCCAGAAGGUGGAGUUUGCUGGCAUCAGAGCACAGGCUGGUGAGCUGUGGGUUAAGAAUGAGAAGGUCAUGUGUGGUUACAUCAGUGAAGAUACCAGGGUGGUGUUUCGUUCUACGUCGGCUAUGGUUUACAUAUUUAUUCAAAUGAGCUGUGAAAUGUGGGAUUUUGAUAUUUAUGGGGAUUUGUAUUUUGAGAAAGCUGUGAAUGGUUUCCUUGCUGAUCUAUUUACCAAGUGGAAGGAGAAGAACUGUAGUCAUGAAGUGACAGUGGUCCUGUUUUCUAGAACUUUCUAUGAUGCAAAAUCUGUUGAUGAAUUUCCUGAGAUAAACCGAGCCUCAAUUCGACAGGAUCAUAAGGGGAGAUUCUAUGAAGACUUUUACAAAGUGGUGGUGCAAAAUGAGAGAAGAGAAGAAUGGACUUCACUUCUCGUGACCAUUAAAAAACUCUUCAUCCAGUAUCCAGUGUUGGUGCGACUGGAACAGGCAGAGGGCUUUCCUCAAGGAGACAAUUCUACCUCAGCACAAGGAAACUACCUGGAGGCCAUCAAUCUGUCAUUCAAUGUGUUUGAUAAGCAUUACAUCAACCGCAACUUUGACCGAACGGGGCAGAUGUCAGUGGUGAUCACGCCCGGGGUGGGUGUCUUUGAAGUGGACCGCCUACUCAUGAUCUUGACCAAGCAGCGGAUGAUAGAUAAUGGAAUUGGUGUGGACUUGGUGUGUAUGGGAGAGCAACCGUUACAUGCUGUCCCAUUGUUCAAGCUCCAUAAUCGGAGUGCUCCCCGGGAUUCUCGUCUGGGCGAUGACUAUAAUAUCCCUCAUUGGAUAAACCACAGUUUCUACACAUCCAAAAGCCAGCUCUUUUGUAAUAGUUUCACCCCACGAAUAAAACUGGCAGGAAAGAAGCCUGCCUCUGAGAAAGCAAAAAAUGGCCGUGAUACAUCUCUCGGAAGUCCAAAAGAAUCUGAGAACGCCCUUCCCAUCCAAGUAGAUUAUGACGCCUAUGACGCUCAAGUGUUCAGGCUGCCCUGCCCAUCCCGGGCCCAGUGCCUCGCCACCUGCAGGUCUGUGCGAGAGCGAGAGAGUCACAGUCGAAAGAGUGCCAGCUCCUGUGAUGUUUCAUCCAGCCCUUCACUACCAAGCCGCACACUACCCACUGAGGAAGUGAGGAGCCAGGCUUCUGAUGACAGCUCCCUGGGCAAGAGCGCCAACAUCCUGUUGAUCCCACACCCCCACCUGCACCAGUAUGAAGUCAGCAGCUCCUUGGGAUACACCAGCACUCGAGAUGUCCUGGAGAACAUGAUGGAGCCACCACAGCGAGACUCCAGUGCACCAGGGAGAUUCCACGUUGGCAGUGCAGAAUCCAUGCUGCAUGUUCGACCUGGUGGAUACACGCCCCAGAGAGCACUGAUUAACCCCUUUGCUCCCUCUCGAAUGCCCAUGAAACUUACGUCCAACAGAAGGCGCUGGAUGCACACUUUUCCUGUGGGACCAUCCGGAGAAGCCAUCCAGAUCCACCACCAGACCCGACAGAAUAUGGCGGAGCUGCAAGGCAGUUGGCAGAGGGACCCAACUCAUUCCUCUGCAGAGCUGCUGGAGUUAGCAUAUCAUGAAGCUGCUGGAAGGCACAGCAAUUCCCGCCAGCCUGGUGACGGCAUGUCCUUCUUGAACUUCAGUGGAACAGAAGAACUUUCUGUCGGUCUGCUUAGCAACAGUGGUGCAGGUAUGAAUCCUAGGACCCAGAAUAAGGAUUCUCUAGAGGACAGUGUUUCUACCUCUCCAGACCCAAUUCUGACACUGUCUGCUCCCCCUGUAGUGCCAGGCUUCUGUUGCACAGUUGGAGUGGACUGGAAGUCUCUCACUACUCCGGCAUGCCUCCCCCUCACCACCGACUACUUCCCUGACCGCCAGGGCCUGCAGAAUGACUACACAGAGGGCUGUUAUGAUCUCCUUCCAGAAGCAGACAUCGACAGGAGGGACGAAGACGGUGUGCAGAUGACAGCCCAGCAGGUGUUUGAAGAGUUUAUUUGCCAACGUCUCAUGCAGGGCUACCAAAUCAUAGUGCAGCCCAAGGCACAAAAACCCAACCCAGCCGUCCCACCCCCACUGAGCAGUAGCCCACUCUAUAGCCGAGGCCUUGUGUCCCGAAACCGCCCCGAGGAGGAGGACCAGUAUUGGCUGAGUAUGGGCAGAACGUUCCACAAAGUGACUCUGAAAGAUAAGAUGAUCACAGUGACGCGAUACCUUCCUAAGUAUCCUUAUGAAUCUGCCCAGAUCCACUACACCUACAGCCUCUGUCCUUCCCACUCAGACUCCGAGUUCGUCUCCUGCUGGGUGGAAUUCUCCCAUGAACGGCUGGAGGAGUACAAGUGGAAUUACUUAGAUCAGUAUAUCUGUUCUGCCGGCUCUGAAGACUUCAGCUUAAUUGAAUCCCUGAAGUUCUGGAGGACCCGCUUCCUGCUGCUGCCAGCCUGUGUCACCGCCACCAAGCGCAUCACAGAGGGGGAGGCCCACUGCGACAUCUAUGGGGACAGGCCCCGUGCAGACGAGGACGAGUGGCAACUCCUGGAUGGCUUUAUCCGCUUUGUGGAGGGCUUGAAUCGCAUUCGCAGGCGGCAUCGCUCGGAUCGCAUGAUGCGAAAAGGGACCGCUAUGAAAGGCUUGCAGAUGACCGGGCCCAUUUCCACACAUUCUCUGGAGUCAGCCGCACCCCCGGUGGGGAAGAAGGGAACCUCAGCUCUCUCUGCCCUGUUGGAGAUGGAGGCCAGUCAGAAGUGCCUGGGAGAACAGCAGGCAGCUGUGCAUGGUGGAAAGAGCUCUGCCCAGUCAGCCGAGAGCAGCAGCGUUGCCAUGACUCCCACCUACAUGGACAGCCCACGAAAGGUAUCUGUGGACCAAACAGUCACUCCUAUGUUGGACAGCACCAGUUUGGGCAUAAGCACAGGCCAAUCCGUGGACAGAGGCAACAGCCAGACCUUUGGGAACUCCCAGAACACAGGAGAACAGGGCUACUCCUCCACAAACUCCGGUGACAGCAGCUCUCAGCAGCUGGUGGCAAGCUCCUUGACCUCAUCCUCCACCCUGACAGAGAUCCUGGAAGCCAUGAAGCACCCCUCGACAGGAGUCCAGCUGCUCUCUGAACAGAAGGGCCUCUCACCGUACUGCUUCAUCAGCGCAGAGGUGGUGCACUGGCUGGUGAACCACGUGGAGGGGAUCCAGACACAGGCGAUGGCCAUCGACAUCAUGCAGAAAAUGCUGGAAGAGCAGCUCAUCACUCACGCAUCUGGCGAAGCCUGGCGGACCUUCAUCUACGGCUUCUAUUUCUACAAGAUAGUAACGGAGAAAGAGCCCGACCGAGUGGCCAUGCAGCAGCCCGCCACCACCUGGCACACAGCAGGAGUGGAUGACUUCGCCAGCUUCCAGCGCAAGUGGUUUGAGGUGGCCUUUGUGGCAGAAGAGCUUGUGCAUUCUGAGAUUCCUGCCUUUCUCCUGCCCUGGCUACCCAGCCGGCCAGCCUCCUAUGCAAGUAGGCACAGCUCCUUUAGCCGAAGUUUUGGAGGACGGAGCCAGGCAGCAGCACUUUUAGCUGCCACUGUCCCAGAGCAGAGGACUGUGACCCUGGAUGUUGACGUGAACAACCGCACAGACCGGCUGGAGUGGUGCAGCUGUUAUUACCAUGGCAACUUUUCUCUGAAUGCAGCCUUUGAGAUCAAGCUGCACUGGAUGGCGGUGACCGCAGCAGUACUCUUUGAGAUGGUCCAAGGUUGGCAUCGGAAAGCCACCUCCUGUGGCUUUUUGUUGGUCCCAGUUUUGGAAGGGCCUUUUGCACUGCCCAGUUACCUGUAUGGCGACCCACUUCGUGCCCAGCUCUUCAUCCCACUCAACAUCAGCUGCUUGCUAAAGGAGGGCAGCGAGCACCUGUUUGAUAGCUUUGAACCAGAAACGUACUGGGAUCGAAUGCACCUCUUCCAGGAAGCCAUUGCACACAGGUUUGGGUUUGUUCAAGAUAAAUAUUCUGCCUCUGCUUUUAACUUCCCUGCUGAGAACAAGCCUCAGUACAUCCAUGUUACAGGAACAGUGUUUCUGCAGCUGCCCUAUUCCAAGCGCAAGUUCUCAGGGCAGCAGCGGCGGCGGCGGAACUCCACCAGCUCCACCAACCAGAACAUGUUCUGCGAGGAGCGGGUCGGCUACAACUGGGCCUACAACACCAUGCUAACCAAGACAUGGCGCUCCAGUGCCACAGGGGAUGAAAAAUUUGCUGAUCGGCUGCUGAAGGACUUCACGGACUUCUGCAUCAACCGUGACAACCGUCUGGUCACGUUCUGGACAAGUUGCCUAGAGAAGAUGCAUGCCAGUGCCCCGUGAGGCCAGGGUUAGAAGGCUGUGCCUGUGCUGAGGGAAGGUGGGUGAGCCGCUGCCCUCAAACCCAGGGCAGAGGAGGAUUCCAGGCAGGUUCUAGGAGUCAGAUGUCCAUUUGCUACUGUCAGUGAGUGGGGGCCAUUUUUUUUUUUUUUUUUUUUUUUUGGCCCCCACAACAAAUCUUCUCCUCUAGGAGAAAGACUUUGGAAGCAGCUGCUGCUGCUGCCGCCACUCCUGUCAGCAAGUACUCAGAGCAGGUGGGAGGCACAGAUUGUCCGUGGGAGGGUUCCAGUGACUGGGAAGAGGGCAGGCAGCCCCCAUGAAUGUCCUUGGAAGUGGGUGGCUUCUGGUAGCAUCCUUUUCCUUCACCAUCUAUGGGAUAUUAGGGGCAGAAUCUGCCACUUCCUGCCCGGGAGUGUGCACAGAUGUAAGAUAAUUUUGUGAAAUAAUGUACCAUAGACUCUCACCUACUGUAUAUACUUGUACAUAUCAGAAGCAAAUAAAAAGCUCCACGUGCAUCA